UUUGCCCACCCAUCUCACCUUCUCCCCGGUUGCUCAAAAAAAAAAUCCCCUUUCCCCACACGCCGCCGCGGCUUGCUCUGCCCGCCCUCUCCGCCGCCGUCUCUCUGCCAGCCCCAGCCCCAGCCCCCGCCUUGCUCCCUCUCCGCGCUCUCCACACCUGACGACCAGCGCGGCCGCUCGUGUCGACCGCGUUGUCGCUCCCCCCUCACCUAGCACUGCCGCCGCUCCGGUGGGGGAAGGUCCAGGCCGGCGUGGCGGCGCGUCACGGAGCCACCCCCAAACGCCCUGCAGCUUGCAGCUAGCCACCACCUGGUUUGUUCCUCUUCUUGGCUUUUGUAGGCUCCAUGAUUUGGGGGAAAAGAAAUUUGGUGACCGAACUGUGCUGUUUUGUUCAUCAAUCAUAGACUCUAGUGUAGUUUACAUUGAGUAUUGGCAUGCUUUCAUGAUUUUUCUGAUUUAGACAUCAUGCUGUUUUUGUGAUAAGCUGACGAGUGUAUGUUGCUAUGUUUUCGGUGUCGGAGCGUUGGAUGCCUGAAAGAACAGGACAUGGCUGAUUUUACGGCAUUACCCCAAGGAGCGGCAUUGUCCCACUGAAUGUGUUAAGAUUUGCGAGGCACUGAACUGAAAGGCCUAGUCGGUCGUGGAGCAGAACCUGUUCCUGCCGUGAUUGUCGAUCUCAUAGAGAAGAAGUGUGCGGAGAAAUGUUUGAAUCUGAUCAUUUCAUCCUCAUACUGAACACUUUUAAUUUCCGCCAUCAAUUUGCUAUUUCCUACCAGAAAGAUAAUUUCCUUUUCUUCUUGGCUUUUGCAGGCUCCGUAAUUUUGGGAAAAAUAAAUUUAGUGACCCAAGUGUGCUGCUUUCUAUUCUGACCAAUUUGGGAGGGGAAUGUCACAUUGGAUGCCUGAAGGAACAGGGAUGUACAUGUACUGCUACUGCGCCGUAUUGACUGUGGGGUAAGCUUUUUUUCUUCCUCACUCCGCCUGGCUUGAGAUCGACCAUGUAUGUAGGUACCAUCAUAUGUUCUAGCAUAAAUGAUCUGGGGUGGCCUCGGCGAGAGACGCCAAUAAUCCCAUCGCUAGGUGCUGGGAUCCAGGGGGCACCGUCAAGGAGCAAAGUCCUAAGAUCGACCACUCUGAGUUUUGCGCACCCCAUGGCCCCCUCCGGCCCAGCCUCCAUUGACCAUAGGGUUAGAUCGGCUGUCUUGCGCCGCCAUGAGACACCCCUUGCCCGCGACCGGCUUCUUCAACACUGACAAGCGGAGCGCGCCAAGUUGGCACUCCACGAUCCCACCAACGUCGAAGUAGAGUGCAUCGCCCACAAGGACGCUAAGGCGCGGCCAAGCUAAAAGGGCACUUGUCAUCGUGGUGAUGAAGAGAGGCGAGCUCGGUCCACGCGCGAGUCUCCGACAAUUACAUCCAUCCGGAAGUCACUGUUCCCGGCAGAAUGGUGGACACGGCGACCAGAUGGAAAUGGCCCUCCUUGGCAACCGUGGUGGUCACAGCCUGGCACGGCACAGAGCACCGCCGCGUUGAAGCUGACCUGCAUGUUGGACAAGUGGUGGAGUCUGAAGGAAAUAGAGUUGAGUCUUCAGUUAUUCCCCCUGUUCCCCAAUUCUCCCUCCGCCUCCAAAUUCCCGGCCUGAAGGAAACAGGGGCAACGGCAACGGCAACCAACCACAGCAAGAGCAGCACCGCCUCCAAAUUCCGGGCCUUCAAAUACCCCUCUCCCUCCCUCUCCGCCGCCCAAACCCAACUCCAAAAAUCUCCCAACAUCACAUCAGAGGGAUCGAUCAAAAAAGAAAGAUCGAUCAAGAAGGGAAGAAGAUGGCCUCAAUCGGCAACGGCAAGCCCGAUGCCCAGGGCCAGGAGCGCCAGGCGGCGAGGCUCCUGCCGCCGGCCGAGGUGCCGCCUCCGCACACGGACGCGGGCCUCGUGGUGCUGUUCGACCUCCUACGACGACGGGUCGACGGAUUCCCCACCUGGAUGCUCCCCGCCUACCUCGUCCACGGAGUCGACGUCUACGGCCACCACCCGCAGGAUCUGCUGCGGCGCCAUCCGCCGGCGACAUCGCCCGACGGCAAGCGUGCCUCCUACUUCGUGAACCUGGUACGCCCCCUCACCGCGACGGAUGCAAGAAGAAGCAGGGUCGUGCCGGGGGGGUUCUGGAAGUCGGAGCGCGCCCCCGUCCCCGUCGAAGCCGCCCCCGACAAGAUGAUCGGAACCAAGCAGGCCUUCUCUUUCAUCUCCAAGGAGGCGGAGCACAAGGGUGGACCCCGCGGCGGGUUCAUCAUGCACGAGCUCCUUCUCCCCGGCCAGGCAGGACGCCUCGCCGGCGGGGACGAGCUGGCGCUCUCAAAGGUCUACCCGUCUCCGCGCGUCGCCACCAAGAAGAGGUCCAGGUCCCAGGGACAGGGACCGACCGCCAGCGCAACAAGGACCGCGGCCGCCUCCUCUGCUCCAGCGCCGACGUCUUCGCCGCCUCUGCUCCAGCGCUCCUGCGACGUCUUCAGCAGCGCAAGAAGCAGCAGCGCCGUCUCCUCUCCGCCUCCUUCCCUGGAGCCGCCGGCCUCCUCUGCUCCGCCUUCCCUGGAGGCCUCGUCUCUCGGGCCGGCAUCCUCUGCGCCGGGGCCGGCAUCCUCUUCUCCGCCCCCCAUCCAGGGAUCAGCAUCGUCUCCACGGCACCGGCAGGGUGCCGCCAAGAGGGUGCUCCUCCUGGAGGUGGGCGACUCCCCCCCGAGGGAAGGCCACAACAUUUCGUGCCACCAGGUCUACCGCGCCAUGGAGGUUCUUGGACCCGGGAGGCGUGUCCCCAUCGACUGCGCUGACCUCUUCCUGCUUGACAGCGGGAAGGGGAAGAGGCAGCGGACGGCUGCAGAGUUUUGAGAAAACUCUGUCGCCCCGCCAUGGGCAAAUUUAAACUCUGUUGCUGUGUAACAUUCAGACAAAAAAUUUGAUAGGAAACUUUAGCUGUGAUUCAGUCGUUUUUUGAGAUUCAGUAGUUGCUUUGUUACAACUUAAUUGAUUGAAAUCCGGCUUAAUCAGUGGCGAUGAUGUUAAAACUUUGGUUUUCUUCUCAAAACAUUCGCUGUUGCCGACU